CUCGCGUCGAGAGGUUGCUGCUGCUCCAGCUCUCUCGCUCGUGUAUACGUACGUGUACGUGUGUGCGAGUGUGUUGUGUGUGGAAAAUGGCGAGUUGGUGAGUCCGAGAGAGCGAGAGUGUGCCGAUUUGUGCGUGUAUCAGUAAUAUGUAACCCCUACGUGCAAUUUAUUGCAAAAGAUUACAAUUUGUGUAAGACUGCGAACAGCAAAUUUGUACGCAGUCAGCCACGAGGACACCAUGGCAUCCGAAAGAAUGGAGUGGGUGGAGAUCAUCGAGCCCAAGACAAAGGAGCACAUGUACGCCAAUCUGACGACCGGCGAGUGCGUCUGGGAUCCGCCACCAGGUGUUCCUGUAAAGAAGACCGAUAACAAUCAGUGGUGGGAACUAUUCGACCAGAGCACAUCCCGUUUCUACUACUACAAUGCCACCUCGCAGAAGACGGUGUGGCAUCGUCCCACCGACUGCGAUAUCAUUCCUCUGGCCAAACUACAGACGCUCAAGCAAAACACCGAGCCAGCGAGCAGUGGCGGUGGCAGCGGUAUGGAUAGCUUGAGGUGCAGCGCCGAGCCUAAACACAAGGAGACUGUUUCUACGCAGACACAGACUCCCACGGUUGGUCGAUUAGGACGCUAUAAUCACCAUCACCACGAUAAUCCUAGUCUUGCUCCCACCUUGCAGAUGGGAGUCCACAAACCUCACAGUCCAGUUGCAAUGGUCGAUCUUCAAACCUCUCCACCGUCGCCGUCGCCAUCGUUCCGUCGUCACCAUCACCAUCACCAUCAUCACAACAAUAGGCAUCAUCAUCGGCGAGGUGACCCACCACCACCAUCCUCUCCACAGCAACAUCCCCAGCCGCAGCAACCACCACAACCACCCCAGCAGCCACCACCACCUCGACGACAUCAUAAUCACUCACAGGAUUCGGGUCGUUCGAGCGACAGUUCCGUCUCGCAUAGCCGCACCUCCCUUGAGUCCGGCAGUUAUCGGCUUCUUGAUUCACCUCAUCGCCAGCAGCAGCAGCAGCAGCAGCAGCAGCAGCAGCAGCAGCAGCAGCAGCAGCAGCAACCGCCACCACCACAUAGAUCGCCGAAUCAACCGCCACCAGUCCAACCGAGGGGUACGAUUGACUCGUCCAGAAAUAAAGGUGGCACUUUAGAAGCCAAUAAGAAUCAGAAGAGUUUACCUCCGCCCAGUGAACCACCUCCGGUUCUUGGAAUAUCCAUGUCCACUAGUACGCCGCUAUUCAAGAAGAAAAAUUUUGCCGAACCACAGAGAGAGACAAGGCGCGAUGUUAAUCUUGACUUUGAGAAUAAGAGUAAGAACGGAAUCAGGAAUUCCGAAUUCCGUGAGAUAUUAGAAGCUGCUUUGCGAGGUCGUGUUCAGCAAAUGGAAGUAAACAGUACAUCACCGUACCGUGAAUCGCCAAACCCAAGUGUACGUCAUCACGAUACAUCGCCCUAUCGACCACCAGAUCCGCAACCGCCACAUCCUUGCAAAGCUCAGGGCCCUGACAAGUAUCGCUCGCUGGCUGAAUCGGGCGGUAUCCGUUAUCAGCGCGAUGGUCACCGUGAUCGUGUCAACAGUCUCGACAAGUCCAAUCCGCCGUAUUACUCUGGAUCGGUGCACGGGCGAGGCGCCAGCAAGCAGCAGACUAUUGACAACACCGGCAGCGUCGGCAGGAGGCAUCACGGAUGCUCUGUUUCUCUAUCCGACGCCAACGUUAGGGAGAUGUACGGUGCGAUGAUGGCCGAGCGGAAUGAUCCGGCAAAGAAUUUAUCAGUAAGGGGUGGUCAGGGAACUGGAAGUAACGUGUCCAAACAGAGAAGUUUUGACGUCAUGACCGAAAGAGAAUCGACUCGCGCCGACAGGGAUAAGGAAUUCAGGCGAGCAGCCACGUGUAAUAAUUCUGUAGACAACUCCCAGCAGCAGCUCUCGCGUAGCUACAGUUUCGUGCAGCAGCAAAAGCAACAACAGCAGCAACACCAACAGCAUCAGCCGCAACAAAAGCUCAACAAACAGUCAUCGCGACGACGCGAUCACGAUGACGACUCGAUGCACGAACGUUACCUAAUGCCUCAAAGCCUAGAUCAAGCGCAGCCUAGGCUCAGUAGCAAUAGUAGUAGUAGUAACGAGGGCAGUCUCAGUAGUGGUAGUCAGAGUGGUGACCCUGGCGACGAUGAUGAUCCGCCACUACCCAUUCACGUUGACGAUACCAAAAAGAAACGUAGUAAUGGCCAUCCUAGUCCUCCGUCUUCGCCCUACUACGGCAAUCUUCUUGAUAACGCCGACCAUCUUUUGCCAUUUCAGCACUACAUACUUCAGCAAGCUAAACUUUCUGGGUUUCCUUAUAGCAGUAUACAAUGUUGUUACAAAUUUGGCGAUCCACUUCUAGCAGAAGAGGGCGAUGACUCUCUUGAUGAGGAAGGAGGUAGGGAUGCCGAACAUCACAGAAGAGACGACGACGAUUCUGACGAUCAAUUUGCAGAUGACGAAGCCGCAAGUAAUCAAGGAGAUUCAUCAAGUCAAGAAUACCUUGAGGAUCAUUACGCAGAUUUGGGUAACUAUGACACGGCUGGUUUAGCAACUUACUACAACACAGCUGAUACACUGACAAGGCCACAAGCGACUCCACCACCACCCCCAAAUAUAGCAUCGCAGGCGGAAGCUCGCGAGAACAUCAUAGCAUCGCGUCCGAUAUCUCUGCCAACACCAACAGCUGCGACAGGACGAAGUGGCGGUGGCCUUGGUGGUUUCGCUCUCAGUGGCUUGGGAACUUGUGUUGAUACGGCCGAGUACGACGAGGCGCGCAAAGACGACGGCAGUGGUGAUAUUGAGAAAUACGCCCAAGACAAUCUCAAUCUAAACUGCGGCAAACCCAAAGGACUUAGGCAGCUGUUUCGUAAGAAGUUUAGUGUCCGAGAAAUACUCAGUUGGAGCAAGGAUCCUAUUCCUCAGCCUAUGCUCGUGGUUGUCGAUGGUGAAAAAUUACUCAAGCGCGAAGCCUGCAAUCUUUUUAGGCUCGUCCAAGUUUACAUGGGAGAUCGCAAAGCAAAUGUUGGCAUGACAUUGGACAGCGUAGCGAUGGAAAUUGUGAACACGAUAUACUCUAAACCAGCUCUACGAGACGAACUGUACGUGCAGAUUUGCCGGCAAACGACAGAAAAUCCACGCAAAGAAAGCUUAAGACGUGGCUGGGAACUCAUGGCUGUUUGUUUGGCGUUUGUACCUCCUAGUGCAACCUUUGAACCUUAUCUAGAGGGUUACAUGAAUAGGCACAGAGAUCCAAACUUCCAGUUUCCAGAAGUUGCCAAAUGGCCAAUUCAUGUGCAAGUCAGUCAUUAUGCUACGGUAGCGUGUAAAAGACUUCAAAGGAUUGGUGCUCAUGGUAAAAGGCAGCCAAGGAAAGCUACUACCGAGGAUAUCGAUCAAGCUAGACUUCAAAUUUUCCGUGCGUCAAUGUUCGGAGCAACUCUCUCCGAGGUAAUGGCACUACAACGCGAUCGGUUCCCACAACGUGAACUUCCCUGGAUUCAAACGACCUUAACUCGUCAAGUGUUGAUUCGCGGCGGUACUAUGACCGAAGGUAUAUUCCGCGUCUCAGCCGAUGCCGAUGAAGUAAAUGUGCUUAAGUGCCGUUUGGACAAGUUCGAGGAUGGCGCGAUACUCGCUGCCUCUCAGGAUGCUCAUGCGCCAGCUUCGCUGUUAAAAUUAUGGGUGCGAGAAUUAUACGAACCACUAAUACCAGACUCGUUCUAUGCCGAGUGCGUGAACAUGAGGCACGAUGAUCCCGAGAUCUCAGCUGCCAAUGUUGCUGCACUUGUUGAACGGUUGCCCGAGCUUAAUAGAAGAGUACUGUGCCAUCUUAUUCAUUUCUUGCAGAUAUUUGCUAGGCCUGAUGUAGUAACUCGAACAAAAAUGGACGCUAGUAAUUUGGCCAUGGUAAUGGCGCCAAACAUCUUGAGAUGUACCUCUCAAGAUCCCCGUGUGAUUUUAGAAAACGCCCGUAAAGAAAUGGCCUUCGUCCGCACGAUGAUCGAGACCCUUGAAACCGCUUGGGUUGAAGACCUACACUGACCUUUGGGUCCACUCUAGAAUAAAAUUCUAGAGUCUAGAGUCUAGACUAGACGACUAUGCCAAAUGAAUCCAUUGUACAUUCAUUAUUUUCACGUAUGAUUAUAUGAUCGUUAUUGUGGCUUGAUUGUCGCUGAUUUGUGAUGUUGAAAACGAAUCGAUUAAUUUCAUCAUCAUUUACUCCGAUGAAACAGUUCAAGUUUUAUUGUAACUAGGGCAAGAGGAGUAAGCUGCAUAGAAGAGCAGUUUAACUAACUUUCCAAAUUAGAAAGCAACGGCGAUGUGCAAACGGUAACGUAUAUUGGUAUAUUGCAGAAGUGAUUUAAAGACAAUUUAUGAAAAAUAUUUAAGGCGUGAAGACAAUUUUACUCGAUGUGCGAUGUACCUAGAAUUUUCAGUUGUACUGAAAAACAAUAGAGCCACGCAUGUUCCUCGAUCGCUCAACUACACUGAUGAAUAGAGUAUUUUUAAUGUAGCGAAUGCUUCGACUUUUAUUUUUCGCAUUUAUCGCAUAUCCAGUUUACACAUGAUAGAUAAUAAAUGUAUAUAUUUUUUGAAAAAAGUCGAUGGAUAAGCCGAACAUUUUCAAUAUUACAGUGAUUUUAGCUCUGUACUUAUACAAAAUUUUUCUUUUCAUCAGAAAUAUUAUUUUAAGUGUGCAUCGCUUACGUGACAAAUACAAACGCUGAUACGCGCAUACAUACACAUAACUACUUAAAAAUAUAUAGAUAAUGAAUGAAGUACUGCAAUGAACACGUUAAGAUGGAAGAAAGGUCUUAUGGCGAUUAUUCUCGGAUUUACGUUUUAUACCCCUCUAUUUAUUAUUUGUGUAUAAUAAAAAUUCUAUGUUGUAUUCUAGAGAUUAUUAGAUUUUUAUUACGUACAUCGCUAUGAAACAUAAAAAAGUAUAUAUAACAUGAAUAUAUAUUUUAACGACCUCUUGUUACCGCGCGAGUUAAGUGCGGAUAUGGCUUUUUUUUACACGAAUCGAUUGUUGAAUCUCAUGUAAAAUAAAAUGAAAACGUGGAUAAAAUGUGAAAACGCAUUAUCGUGUAUAGCUUCGGCGACAACUUUUUGUAUUUAAGAGGCGAUGCGGUAUGUACGUCAUAAAGAGUAUAAAAGAAUACUAUGAAAAAUAAGAAAGCCAUACUCGAUGUGUUUGUUCAUUUUUCGUAUUAUAAUAAUAAUUUGUUGUAUAAAAAGUAUAUCUCCUUGUCAUUUUCCAAAGAUCUUUUCUUUAUUUACUUUGUUAAUUUUUUUUUCCUAGAUAUAAAAUGUUGUAUAACUAACAAUCUUCUUUUCUACUUUUCUUUCGCAAGAGAAACUAAUAAAAAAAAUAUCGUGUGUUUGUAUAUAGCGUUCCACGUACCUAGUGUGGAUAUAUAAAACAUUUUACUUGGCGAUCUUAAAAUUAUUAACUAGGAUAGUGUAUCAUAAGAAAAAAGCUAAGGUUAACUCCUAAGAAAGAUUUGUUAAAUUCUAAUUACAUAGAACGUACAGAGCUAUCGUACAAAAUAUUAACACGAAAACUGUAUUAUGUAUGAUUUAGAAAGUACACUCGAAAAAUAUUGCUUACGAUGCUACCUUUUGUAUAAAAAGAUCUUUCAUAUGAGCUGUGCAGGAUUGUGCGGACAAAAUUUUCAAGUAAUCAUGAGUAAAUAUAACCGUAAGUUAUUUAAAACCGUAUGUUUGCUUUACAAACCGUAAAUUAUUUAAAAUUGACAUUUUUCUCCUCUUAUUCGGUUGAAAUAAAUUUAUAAGACAAGUCUAUCUGUGUUAUGUGUUUACAAAGAGUUGAAUCAUUGCCCAAGUAUUGAAAAUUGAUCCGCAAACUUCGGUACAAUUCAUUUUUACAGCUAAAUCUUGGUCUUCUAGUUGUACGAAUUAGUCGCGUCAUUUAUGAGAUUUACAAAGUAGAUCCUAUUAAAAUAAAACUAGCGAAUGACUUUUAAAAAGUAUAAAACUCUACGCCUGGCUGUUAUCGCUUCUUUAGAAAACUAUUGAUAAAUUGUUCUUUCUUGUGCUACAAGACAAAUUAUAAUUAGUAUGGAACCAAAUACAAAUAAAAUUUAUGACUUGAUAUAAUUAAUUAUUCACGGAUAUUAUUCAAAUCACUUUGAAACAGAUUUCCAAUGACACUUAACUUAGUAAUUAUAGAAUAAAGAAAUACUUUAUUUUCUAUCAAUUUUUUACGCUUACAAAUACGUUAUUUUUAUUUAUUUUUGAAAUAAAUAUAUUGAAAAUUGCGUUAUAAUAUACAUUGUAUCAUAAGAAUAUAGACACACAAUAGCUGAAAAAAGAAAGAUCUAUAAAAAUACUUGAUAUCAUCAAAACAAAUAAAAAUUUAUUCUAUUAGAAAGUGAAACCAGAAUGUUUAAAAUGUUGAAGUAUUGUUCCAAAAUUCUACUGUUCAAUUGCAAUAUCUUAUUGUUAAGUAGUAACUAGAAGACCUUU